AAGUUCUCAUUGCUUUUAUGGUGGCUAUGAAGUUACUGCUGUAAACUAUUUCAUAUAUUUUUUUAAACAUAUAUAUAUAAAUAAAAGUUGUGUUUGUCAGUAUUCCAGCAACCAUGGAGGAAAACGACAUGGGGUCAAAUGGAAGAACAGAUGCAGUUUCUGCAAUUUGUCGAGCCUGGAAGCGAUGCUGUCAGUAAUAUCAGAAUUAUGCUCUACGGGCCAGUUGGAGCUGGCAAGUCCAGUUUCAUCAACUCUGUCAACAGCAUUUUACAAGGGAGGAUGGCAGGAGAAGCUUUGGCAGAUUCAGUAGCCUCUUCUGUAAGUUUCACCAAAAAGUACACCACCUACAAGAUGAAAAAAGGACGGAGGGGACAGUUUUACCCUUUCGUUUUCAAUGACAUCAUGGGCCUUGAGGGACAGGUUGGGGUCUGUAUGGAGGACAUCAAAUUGGCCUUGACGGGACACAUGAGAGAGGGUUACAAGUUCAACCCUGCAUCACCACUGUCAAAAGAUGAUGCUGGCUUCAAUCCAUGCCCCACUCCUGAUGACAUAGUCCACGUCCUGGUCUGUGUAGUACCUUCACCAAAUACAAGUCAGAUACCUGGCGACACCAUGAAACAGAUGAGGGACAUCAGACUAUUCGCCAGUGACAGGGGGAUUCCACAAAUUGCUGUCAUCACAAAAAUCGACGAGGCGUGCCCCGAGGUAGAAAGAGACAUAAGAAAUGUCUACAAAAGCAAGUUGCUGAAGAAAAAUAUGGAGGACUUCAGUGCUAGGCUGGGUAUUCCAAUGAACUGCAUCUUUCCUGUGAAGAACUACCAUGAAGAAACCAGCCUUGACGAUGAUGUCAGUCUCUUGAUACUGACCGCGCUGAAACAGAUCACUGACUUUGGAAAAGACUACAUUGAACACAUGUAGGCCUCUCCAUUUUCAUCUGAGUUUCAGCUGUGAGGAUGGGAUAUGAUGAAAGUGUCAUUAAAGCAUUCAAGUUGUACUUUAUUGUCAUAUACAUAUAAAAAGUAGAAGAAUGGCGAGAAUGUUCAAAUGCUCAAAAACCUUCUGCUCUGUGAAAUGUGACUCCGUUGGCGUACUCUCAGCUAGAAACUUCAUUUAAACUUUAAACAGCUCACAAGGCUUUCUGCUAUGAAGCUCACGCUUUUAUAUCUUUUAUAGUUUUUGAUUUAUUGCAGUUGAAGUUUUAUGCCUUUUUAUGACAGUUUUAGAGUUUAUAAUGGGUGUUUUUUUGUUUUCUUUUUUACAAAAAUAUAAAUGAUACAAAAAACACAAAUGAUACAGGAACAUGCAAAA